UGCCCUCAAAAACUACAAUUCAUUCCUUGUUGUGGUUUGUCCGUCUGCUGCAGCUUUUAGGAAGCAUGGUUCCCAAUUUGGUACAGCCCGUUCCAUAUACUAACGCAACAGCAUCUCUAAAUGUGAUUAUACCUGAGGUUCUUAAAGAAGAUAAUUAUAAAAGGUGGAGCAUUUUAAUGCGACACUAUUUUGUGGCUCAAGGCCUUUGGGACGUUGUUCUAUCAAGCCAAAUUCCAUGGAGUGAAGAUCCAGGGGACUGGACUAAAAAGAAUGCCUUAGCUCUGCUUGCAAUUAAGAUGUCAUGUGGAGCAGAAACGUUUGAUCAGAUUGAGAAGAUGGAUUCGGCCAGAGAUGCAUGGAAUGCAUUAGCCGAUUUGCAUAAACCACCAAAUGUAGACGGCCAGAGAGGAAGUGAAACUGAUGCUGCAGGUUUGAUUUCCAGCGCCAACAGGAUUCAGCCAGGGAUGUUAUUGGGCAACUAUCAAAGGCCUGAUGAAUUUGUGAGUUUACUCAAGGACAUCUAUGCAGGGGAUUGGAAUGCACUAAAAUCUUUAGACAGAAUAACAGAAAUAAUUUUUCCUAACGGUUUAACUGUUCUGCAUAUGGCAACUAUUGCUCGUGUUUGUAUUCCUAAAGGGGCACAUCCCUCUGAGGCUACGGACAGAAGCAGAAAAAAAAUCUGCGGAAGAUAUGGUAUACUACAUGCAGCAUGGAUUCAAGUAAUGGGAGCAAUAUUACCCAUCCCUAUUGUUGCAGGUAGACCUGUGAAAUUAUAUAAUCUGAAGUUAACCCAUACGUUUGCCAAUUCGGUUUUGCAAUACUGGUGCAAGGAAAUAUCAACCUACAGGGAUGCCAGACAACUUGAUGAAAGUGGAACAAUCUCAGCAAUCUUCCAAGCAAUCAAGAAUGGCAGAGUCAAAAUUGUGAUUGAGAUCCUCAAAUCGAACCCAGAUCUAAUUUGGUGCAAUAAAAACCUUUCAAGAGAAAUACUCAUCUCUGCAAUCAAACAUCGUCAAGGAGGUAUUUUAGGGUUUGUUUUGAGGCUUGAUGCAGGGAAGAAAACAUUUCUCUCUUUAACAGAUGAAGAUGGAAACAACGUGUUGCAUCUAGUAGCCAAGUUGUCCGACCAUCGGGCUUACGUUAGUCUCGAUCCAACUUGGGCCGCACAGCGCGAAGGAAAGUGGUUCCAGGUUGUCAGUUAACUCUAAUUAACUCAUAUUUCUUUU